AUGAAAAUUAAUCAGAAUAAAAAAUUUGUAAAAAGAACGAAAAUUGAUAAUACUGAUGAAGGAUUAAAUAAGUGGAUCCAGUCGUAUAUCAAACAAUUUUCAACAGAUAUUAAUCAAUUAGAAAAUGAAUCAAGAAAUUACUUAGAAGAAUAUGAAAGAAAAUUAAAUGAAGAAAAUGAUAAAGAGAAACAAUCAUCAAAUGGUAAUGAUACAACGAACCAGAUAGACGACGAUUCUGGUUGGACGUUGGUAACAAAAAAAAUGAAAAAGACAAGACAGCGUAGUGUACCAUCAACAGAUAAUAUGAUGAAAAAAUUAUAUGAAAAGCAAAAAAGACAAAAUAAACAAAAAGAAUUGUUAAACUUUUAUAAAUUUCAAUUAACCGAUAAAAAAUUAGAUGCAAUGAAACAAUUAAAAGAAAAAUUUGAAUUAGAUAAACAAAAAAUUAUGACCAUGAGAGCCAAUAGAAAAUUCAAACCAUUUUAA